GAAGAAGCUCAGUCUGCACCUCCUGCUGCUGAUUUAGACUUACGUGACGUAGACACUGGACAAAUCGUACAGCACCCUACCAUUUCCGAUUUAAAUUUCUCAACUGCUUCACUUCGAGCGCACAAUGAAUCAUUACCCAUCUCGCAAUUUCCGAACGAGAUGUUGGAGAACAUUUUCGACUUCUGCUUCGAUGGAUGGGAGUGGCAGCCCCACUACCGAACAAUAGAAUACUCAUAUGAUCACCGAACCUUCCCUCGACUGUAUCCAGGAUGGAUCCAGCUCACGCAUAUCUGUAGCCGAUGGCGUCGCGUUGCAAUUGGCUAUCCUCGCUUGUGGUCUACUAUUGCCUACGAUUCUAAACAGUGGUUCGACCUCUGCAUUAAAAGAUUACCUCCAAAGCAAAUCAUUGAUGUCACUCUGCAAAUCAGCGGCGAUCGGGUCGCU